CCGUAUACGUAAAUAUAAUUUGCGUGUCAUAAAUUCAUUAUACCCGAAUAAGCGGAAAUAUACGAAAAGUCUGUGCACGAUGUUCGUAUAUUUCAGUAUAGGCGUAAACGGUUACGUAUAUUUUUGUUAUACACAAGGUUUUACGUAUUCGUAAUAAUUUCGUUGAGCUUCUUAAACCCAGGGUUCGUUUAUUAUUUUUCUCAGUUUAUUUUUGGCAGAAAAAGAUCACAAUUUUACGCAGUCGAACUUUCUCUUUACGUAUUUUACACGCGCUAUUUUAUAUAACCGUAGCGUAUUUUAAACCCAGCCUAAGAUCCCUAUUUUUAAUUUUCUCAUUUUGAUUCAACUUAUGCAUCCUGCCCUAGCUGUUAGUGAAAUAAUUCUAUUUUUAGACACGAAUACUCGAGGCGUUUUGUCUGUCUGCCAGCUCUUUCCGCCCAGAGACGACAAGCUUGGACAUUUUCACUAGAGCAACCACGUCCCAACUUUAGAAAAAACAAAUACAAUAACAAAUUUUAACGCAGCCUUGCCUUGCGCCAGCCGUUAAUUACUUCUAGUUUUAGAAAUAACGGAAAGUUCGAAUUAAGCGGCAUUCAAAUUAACGGACGUCUACUGUAUGCUAAUUAUGCUAAAACUAUGCAGCAAGACAAGGACUCACAGUUAUGCUUGCAAUAUGCUUAUUUUUUCACUAACCCUGAGCCUAAAUAUUCUUAUAAACGUUAUGCUUAGGAAAAAAAAACAUGUACUCCUUUUUUGUUGUAGUUUUAGAUUCCAAACUGCUAAAAAAAGCCAAAAACAAACCUUGAUUACGUUGAUUUUCUUGAACUUUCCAAGUUCCAUCUCGUUAAUAUAAUUCUCUGUGACGAAAAUAUGCAGAAUGAGAUAGACUUUCGCUGCAAUGGGGACAUAACAUCCGUUUCUUUAUUCGAGGCAUAAAAAAAGUUUAAAUUAUAAGGAAGAAAAAACUAAGGUUUGUCUGCUUUUUCUUUCCUUGCAUUUACAGAACGUAACUCGCGCGCAAUCUUUUUAGCUCUUUAUCUUGAAUGAUGUUUUACAAUAUUAGGGGGUCAAUAAUAGCAUAAAAGCCAUCUUUAACGUCCUUAAAAAUAAUUAUUUAAUAAAAUGUUAAAUUAUUUUCGCGAAAAACUCUUGUUCUAUUGAUAAUAUUUUAUUGUGAAUACAUUUUGUUUUGACUAUUUUAAAACAUUAAAAUUAUUAAUAUUAUUUUUACCCCCUAUCUCAUCGCAAUUUGUAUCGGGAGUUUAUUUUAUUACAAUGGCCUAAACGCUCAAAAAAAAGUUUUGCUCGCACCCCCUGAAGACAAAUUCCAUUCAGGUUUCAAAAGAACGGUACAGUCAGGAGCAGCAAACUUGAAGAAAGCAUGGCAUCUUCGUUUUAUGGAAAUACUUCUACUGCCACAACUCCAGUGGCAAAAAAAGAGCCAAGGUUCUAAAUCCAACAACACUGCCACGUAAAAACUCAACCAAAUGUGCUUCACGAAGCCCUGAUGUGAUGUUUAGGUAUGUAGCUAGCUAGCUAGAGCUAAAAUGAUUAUGUUCUCCAUGCCAUUACUUUUCACUAACAUAAGUAAUUUGGUUUAUUUCAGAUUACAGCAACAGAAUGAAAGUUUAGAGGAAACUUCAUUUGAGGAAGAAAAUAAUGCUUCACCACGGAUGUUGCGGGCUCUCACUAACGUUAAUGAUGCACUGAGAAAGAGGAUUUCAUUGCUGGAAUCUCAAAUUCAGAACAACAAUGUAAGAAUAGAAAAUGUGGAAAGUUCACUUGUAGAUGUAAACAAUAAAUGUGCGAAUCAAUUUGAUGAUUCAAAAAAAGGGAAAUUGCCACCAGAAUUAACUCAACUUGUUCGAAAUGCAUACAGAAGUAUAAAGGAUGAGAGUACUUGGAAUUUUUUAGAGAGAUUUGACUCCAUACACAACAGUAGAAUAACUAAUUUGAUUUGCCAAAUUGUAAAAGACAGCAACGAAAAUCCCUAUGCUCCAUCUUUAAUGCACAGGUCGUGUAGCAGAUAUUAUUCUACCCUGAAACGAAAAGAAAAGGAGGAAGAUAAUGAUAGAAAUAGUGAAUUAAAACGUAAAAGAAGGCAAAGGUUGACCCACUGUUGUUAACAAAUAAUAGAUAAUGUUUUUAAAACGUGAUUUUUUGUAUAUAUUUUUUAAUUACUAAUUUAAUUUUUUACAACUAUUUUUCUAAUAUUUUUUCUUACGGUUUCUUUUAGCUGAAAUUUAGUCUUGUACGUUAUAAUUAAAUCGUUCUGAUUAAUAAACUCAAUAGCUGCAUUA